GUAUGAAUUUGUUGUUUUCUUUCGAUGAAAUUUUAUGUUCUGCAGUAAAUUAAAGGAAAAAAGAAAAAGAAAAACUACUUUCUCUAUACGUUGUCGUUUUUGUGCAACUCUGUAUAAAACUAUAAAUGUGGUUCAAAUUGCACAAAUGUAGAUCAUAGGCAGUCAAAUUUGAUCUGAUACGCAUCAAUGACGAACGAGCAAAGCCAGGAAAUGUCGAAAUUAUCCUCCCAAAUCUGCAACCAAAUCUCCUCCGUCUUCUCUAACCCAACCUCUCCAUAUCCACCACCGUUAGACCUCCUCGUGACGGAACUCGCCGGAGUCUCCCGCCGAAACUCCCGUGUCUUUCUCCACGGCGUCGGCCGCGAAGGCCUCAUGCUCAAAGCCUUUGCGAUGCGUCUCUUCCACCUCGGUCUCUCCUCUCACUUAGUCUCCGACAUGACAACACCUCCGAUCUCUUCCUCCGAUCUCCUCAUCGCCUCAGCCGGUCCCGGAGGAUUCUCCACCGUCGAUGCGAUUUGCUCCGUCGCUAGAUCGUCCGGCGCUAAGGUUCUCCUCCUCACGGCGCAGCCGGAGACUGGUUCCUGUGUGAAACACGCGACGGCUGUUUGCUAUAUCCCUGCGCAGACCAUGGCGAGCGACGGCGGAGAUGCGGCGGAGAAGGGAGAGAGACGGUUGUUGCCGAUGGGAAGUGUAUACGAAGGAGCCUUGUUUGUGUUGUUCGAGAUGGUUGUGUACAAGCUUGGAGAGGUUUUGGGUGAGUCACCUGAGUCCAUACGUUCUCGUCACACCAAUCUCGAGUAGCACGUCGCGUUGUUCGAAAUUCCGGUUGAGAAAUGCCUGCUGUUUUUUAGUUAGGGGUCCUAUGGCCACGUGUUGUAUAGACAUGCUUGCUCUUUAAGUUUGUAUCCUCUGAACACGUGCCGUUUUGGCAUUCCGUUGUAGAAAUGCCUGCUGUUUUAUAUUGGGCCCAUUUAAAAGCCCAUCGGGUCUUUA